UCUUUAAAUCGUUAACCUCAGGCAGGGUGAAAAGAAAUAACCCUGCAUGACUAUUCGGAAAUAAGGAAGGUCAGUAAGUGUGUGAUGAAACUAGGAUUCUGAAAAAAAUAGAGAAAAGCAGUGCAGAAACUGGCAGCUACCAGCAUUUCCAGGCUCUUCAGCAGCAGCAGGAUGGAAGGACGAAUAGAAGUGGCUUCACGUAGGAUGGGAAUCUCAUUGGGCUUACUGUUCCUGUGCCACCUAAUAGUGCUCACCUAUGGCCAUCCCACCCUAAAAACGCCAGAGAGUGUGACAGGGACCUGGAAAGGAGAUGUGAAGAUUCAGUGCCUCUAUGAUCCCCUGAGUGGCUACAGGCAAGUUUUGGUAAAAUGGCUGGUACAGCGCGACUCUAACCCUGUCACCAUCUUCCUACGUGACUCCACUGGGGACCAUAUCCAGCAGGCAAAAUACCGAGGCCGCCUGCAAGUGAGCCAAGAAGUUCCUGGAGAUGUGUCCCUCCAACUGAAUACCCUACAGAUGGAUGACAGGAAUCACUACACGUGUGAGGUCACCUGGCAGACUCCUGAUGGAAACCAAAUAAUGAGAGAUAAGAUCAUUGAGCUCCGUGUUCAGAAAUACCCCUAUAAUCCACCUAGAAUCAGUACUGAAGCACUUACAACCAUGCACUCCUCUUUGGAAGCUCUUCAAUGCAAGGCCUCUGACCCUCAUUCUGUUUUCAUAGCAACAACUAUAAUGAGAUCAACAUCCGACUCGACCGUUAAUAGGACUGGAAAACCCAAUACUGAAAGAACCAUUACUGGCCCAGGCCUUGGACCAGCACGUGUAUGCUGCCUGGUUGGUGCCUCAGUCUCUGGGAGCUUCCAGGAGUCCAGGAAGGAACCUGCCAAUCUUUGCCAUAAUCUUCAUCAUCUCCCUUUGCUGCAUAGUAGCUAUCACCAUACCUUAUAUCAUGUUCCGCCGCAAGACAUUCCAACAAGAGUAUGUCUAUGGAGUGAGCAGGGUGUUUUCCAGGGAGACAAGCAACUCUCAAGAAACCACAAGGGUGACUACCAUUGCAAGUGAGUACUUCAAUAAUGAACCAGAUUCCCAGGCUCUGAUCAAUGACUACUCUGAUGAUCCUUGCCUCAGCAAAUAACCACCAGAUCAAUGAUGACUACUCCUGCCUGCUGAACACAGUUCCCAGAAACUAAGAAGUUCUUGCUACUGAAGAAAAUAACAUCUGCUAAAAUGCCCCCAUUAAGUCAAGGUCUACUGGCAUAAUUAUCUGUGACUUAUUCCGUUCUUGCCUUCAACUGGCUUUCACCCUGGCUUCCUCUCUUCCUAGAAAACCUGAAGUAUCUAUCAAGUCUACCAAUCCUGGGGCCAUUGAGAAGUCCUGGGUUUGGCUAAGAAUAUACUAUGUGCACCUUAGAAAUCUAGAUUCUGGGCUUGGCCCAGGAUACCUUUCUUUCUGGGGCCUUCACAACUCCUCUCCAAACACCAGAGAAAUUCCAUAGCAGUAGAAGUUCUUUAUUAUGCCUCCAGGCAUCACCAGAAGAAAUAAAAUCAGAUGAGUCUCAGUCCUACCAACUCAGGCAAACACCUAACCAGGAUUACUUCCCUUUCUCUGGGGCCAGAUGACUUUUAAUUGAUAUUACUAUUGCUACACUAUGAAUCUAAUGCACUGUAUUCUUUGAUGUUAAUAAAUGUUUAACCAUGACAGCAA